AACAGUGUGUUGCCACACUCGUUAAAUGAAUCGUGCACAUUGAUUUUCGAUUACGUGUACGGGCACCAUGAACCACAGUACUAUGCACAACGAAGCGUCUGCAACUUGCCCAGAAAUAUCUUACCAGCUGGUGCAACGCCUUAUUGAUACCUCACGAGCCGAUGUCUAUUUGGCCCACCGCAAGGAUGGCGUACGACCCGUUGAGAUCGCGGUGAAAAACGCCCAUCUGGAUUAUGACAGGGAUAGGGCCCGCGCACUGGCGGCUUCCAUGGACGCCGAUUUACAGCAUGUCCUUACUUUUGAUCAUCCCAAUCUGGUGCGUCAUCUUGCGCAUGGCAAUUCUCUGGAGGCCUAUCCGAUGGAAGUACCGCACUACAUAAUCAUAAUGGAGUAUUGCUUCGGCGGCAACCUGCACGCGGCAGCUCAGUUCCACAUUCCCGCGCCGCUUAUCCAAAAAUGGACAGGUCAAAUUGUGGACGGCCUAGUCUAUCUGCACGCCCAAAACGUUGCACACUGUGAUCUAACGGGCACGAACAUUCUGCUAAACAGUCCUGACUGGGAUACCUGCCAGAUGAAGAUUGGUCAUCUGGACACCACUGAACGUCUCCACAGAGAGAUGGCGCACAGGGUCGGCGACUGUGGAGGCCGGUAUGCCUUUAUGUCGCCGGAGAUGGUCUGGGACGAUAACGUCGGACGCGAGACCGAUAUCUGGAGUUUGGGUUGUGUUGUCCUGGAGAUGAUCAGCGGAUUGCCGCACUUCGUAAAAGACGUCAACGGACAUCAGGUGGACUUGACAACCGAUAUGGCCGCCAUGUACUACGUUGGUAGCGGCGGGUCGCCCCAAAUACCUCAUACAUUGCCGGAAGAGUUGCGGACGUUUCUCGGGGAAUGCCUGUGGCGGGAUCGUGUAUUACGGCCGACAUCUGCUGACCUCUUAACCAAAGACUUUUUGACGAUGGCUAAGGUGCCGCAAUGGCCUGACCCGCGACCGCAACGAGACUGAUGCAGCGUACAUUGAAAUCUCGAUUGAACCGGUUUAGUGUCUGUCUGUACUACGAGCGCGAGUGUAUUUUAUGUUUUAAGCGGUUGCAAAGAAAGAAGGACCGCAUUAAACAGAUAUCAUUCUAUUCUUGACGUUUCGACGAAAUAUGCCCCCUUCCUCCGAGACGUUCG